AAACAAACGUUUCUCUCUAAACUAUGAUAUCAAUAUUUAUGCAUAUUGAUCAAUUCAUUUAUAUAUAUGGUUUAUUCCAUAUAGAAUGUUAUGAAGAAUGACUAUAAUAUUCAUUUGAUUAUAAGAAACUUUGAGCAUAACAACAAGUCACAUAUACAAUUAAGAUUUUUUAAUAAAUUGUACUUCAUUUUUUAAAAAAAAAUAAAUAAAAAAACAAAAAAAACUAUGACUCAAAUAAACAUCCUACUUUUAUCAUUGAAAUGUAAUAUAAGUAUAUAAAUAUAUACAAAUAGAUUGUAUUCUCUAAAUGAUCAUUUAAUUACAUUAAUAAUAAUAAUAAUAAUGAAUAAACAAUCAUUGAAUACAAUUACACCAUUAUUAUGUAUCACAAUACAUAUAGAAAAUUAUAUUGAAUUAUAUAUACAUGAUGAUUAUUCAUUACCAAUAUUACAAUAUCGUUAUGAACAAUAUUAUAAUAAACCAUGGAAACAACCAAAAAAAUGUAUUAAAACAAAAUUAAUAUUAACUUAUACAUCAUUAAUAUUAAAAAAUGGUUCAUGGUGGCCAUAUCGUUAUGAAAAUAUAAUUCAAUAUAAAACAAUACAAAAAAUUAUUCUAUUUAAUCAACAUAAAUUACAAUUAGCUAUUGGUUUAUAUGAUGAUAAUUAUAUUGAAAAACAAUUUUUAAUUAUAACAACAAAAAAUAUUACUGAUAUUGAUAAAUUAAUUCAAUUAAUUGAUACACAAUUAUUAAUAUGGAAAUAUACAUUUAAUAAACAAAUCGAUUAUUAUCCUUAUCAAUUAUAUAAAAAAAAAUUAAUAACCAAUAAUAAGUUACAAUUAAUACCAUUAAAGAAUAAAGCAUUAAAUAGAAAAGGUUUAAUUGAUAAAAAUCCAAUGAUUUCAAUGACAAAUCAUGUAAUUGGAUUGAAUUCAUUAAGAAAUAAUUCAUUUAAUCAAUUAAAUGAAACAAUUAUUGAUAAAUCGAAUGGUAUAUUAGAAAUUGAUUAUAAUAAUCCACAAUCAAAUCAUCAUUAUAAUGAGCAUAAAUCAAUACUGCAUACGUAUAAUAAUAUAAAUGAUCAUGAUUUAUAUAAUGAUAAAAGAAUAAUUGAAGCAAUUCCAAGUACUUCAAAUAAUAAUAAUAAUCAUAAUCAUAAUCAUAAUAAACAUCGAAAAGAACAUAAUAUAAAAAAAGAAAAAGAAGAAACUAAAAAAAUAAAAAAUAAAUUAUGUCAAACAGAUUCUUAUUAUAUUGAGAAUAAUAAUAUUAAAUCAUGGGAAGUUGAUAUUAAACAUGUACGUUAUGAUCCUGUACAAGGAAAUAUAUUAGAUGAUAAUGGUUCAGUUUAUUUAUAUUCUGCACAUGAAAUUGACUAAUAUAUAUAUUCAUAAUCAAUGAUCUAUUGAGGAUUAAAAAAGCUUUUAAUGAAUUAUUUGAUUUUCCAAUAUAAUCAAUGGAAUAUUGAUUUGUUCAUGUUUUAUUUUAUAAACAUUUAUUUACUUUUAAGUGUUAUGCUAUUUUCUUAUUAAAAAAACACAACUAUUGAG